AUGAAGAUCAAGAAACAGGCUACAUCGCGACAUGAGUCGACUCUGUCGCCGAUGAUAGCAGACUUUGUGAAGGCGACCGAGUCAAUACCGCUGUUCCAGCUGCCCGCACAUCUCGCCUCGUUCCCCAGGCACUGGCCCUUUCCCCGCGGUGACGCAUACCACUGGAUCCCCGCCCUGAACCGCUUCGACCACAUCCUCGAGCUCUUCAACAAGGAAUAUGGCCUGGUAGACGGGCCCCAGACACAGGCCUUCCAGCGCCGGCUGCUGCUCAAGGGCGAUGCCGAGGAAGGAAGCACCAGCUCCGAGCAAACCACGACCGAUGCCGUCCUGGAUACCCUGCACGUAUCCCGAGAUGGCGAUCGCGAGCUGGUCGAGCAGAUCCUCAACUUCACGCGGAUGCUCUUGGAGAACUGCGGGAACCGUAGUCUGUAUUCCAGCAGUGAGCGCCUGGACAAGCUGCUCAACACGACCUCCACAUCCCUCCUCAAGGCCACGCUUCGUCUAGGCCAUCGCCUCGCUCAGCGCUAUGCUGCUGCACGCAUGCGCUUGGCCCCGGCCACCCUGCACCCGUCCCUUCUCUCCAGCCACUACAACAUCAACCUCGACAAGGUCCAGAAGCUGGCUAGCCCAUUCGCGAAGGGCCCCGCGACAGCCGUCCCUGUCUUUGGCACUCCAGCAGGCAAGGGCAAGGACCGCGCUGGCAGCACUGAUAAGGUCAGUCCGUCCGACCUAGUCGCUCUGUAUUCUCUGUCCGAGUCAUCGAUGAAGCAGGAGUUCGGAGGCGUCCUCAUCUCGUACUAUGAGCCCACCCCCUCGUCCGAAGCAGAGAGCGGCAAGCAGGCAUCUACAGAGGCACCCGCGCCCACCACGCCGACUCCCGUACGGAGGACGUCCAGCAUGGGACCCAACCGAACACCGAGACAGCCCCAGCCUACACCCGCUACCGAUUCGCCGAGCACACCCGCCUUCACUCCCGGACAGCCCAGUAAUACAACGAACGGGCCCAAAACUUUCCAGCUGUCAGCGGACAAGGUACACAAGACCGACAUACACGACCUCAUAAAGGAAGGACUCGCAAGUCUACCGGAGACGGUGCACUACGAAUUCCUCCACAAGCUCCGCAUCGCAAAGAUGUUCAACGAGGGACGCACAGGGCGCGACAGUGCAGUUGCCAUCCGCCUACUGUCCAUUGCGAACAUCGGUUACGUACACGUCGAAAAGGAGUUCAUGGCCAAGCUGGGACAGCAAGAUGCAGACGAACCACGCCGGUUGCAACUUGCCUACCAACUCUCUGAGCUCGUCCAUCCGCCUGGAAACGGCGAGACUGGCAUUUCGAUGGAGCUGCAGACAUAUACCAUGAGCGCGCUCGAGGCCCUUGCAAAGCACAAGUCUAAAGCGGCUGAUGUUUGCACCGCCCUUAGUGUCAACGUCAACCACGGUGUGUUGUUCUACGUUGUGCGCAAGCUGGUCGCUGGCCUUGGCGAGGAAACUGGUAACCCGGAUGAUAUCGAGGAGGACGAGUGGCGCGACGCUUUGUUCUCUCUGCUGAACACUCUGCCGACGUCUCAAACACGCACUGGUGAGCAGAUGGUGGCUGCGGGGCUCCUGGAAAUUCUUGUCGAUGUCCUCAAGCUGCGUACAGCAAAGGCAGAGCGCAACCACCCCAAGAUCCUAAACUUCCUUGAUACCUUUGUGUACAACCUGCGAGACGCCUUCUCAGCCCUCGUGGCUGCGAAGGGGCUCGAAAUCAUUGCUGAUCUGAUGCAAUACGAGGUCGACACCUCCAAGAAGCUCGCAGAGGAGGACAAGGGCAUGCCCAAGGAGUACAAGACUCAGCUUACUGAUUAUCAAAUUCCGUUCUAUCACCAGCAGAGUCUACGCUGGCUUUUCAAGUUCCUCAACCACAUGAUGUCGCAUACAGGCGGAAACUUCGAUCGUUUGAUGCGAAACUUGCUUGACUCACAACAGCUGCUCAGCAGCUUGCGCACUGUGCUAUCAAACGCCAAGACGUUCGGCUCAACUGUUUGGAGCAUGGCUGUCACGAUCCUUACCAGCUUCAUCAACAAUGAACCCACUAGCUACCAAGUCAUCGCCGAGGCAGGUCUUAGCGAUGCGUUCUUGGAGACAGUCGCGGGAGAGCCUGCUUCGGAAUCGACGGCUGCAGCCAACAAUGACCCCAGUGCUUCAACACCAACGACCUACGCUCCUAGGGAGGGCGGAAAGCCACUUGCCGAGGGUAUCUUGCCUGUAGCUGAGGCCAUCUCGACCUUGCCCCCGGCCUUCGACGGUAUCUGCUUGGCUGAAGCUGGUAUGAAGCUGUUCCAGUCAUCGACCGCCCUCCAGCGAUUCUUCGAGAUCUUCGAGAGCCCUGCUCACAUCAAAGCUCUUGACGCUGAUACGGAGAUGCCUACCCUGAUUGGAAACUCUUUCGAUGAGCUAGUGCGCCAUCACCCGCCUCUCAAGGCACGCGUUCUUGCCUGUCUAAGCGAGCUGAUCGCGCGUGUGGUCCAACUUUGCGCCGACAAGGCCGAGAAGGAAGGUGUAGGAGCCAAGCUCUGGACCGAGGAUGCUGCUGGAAAGCUCACCGUGGCAGGCGGCCGCCAAGCGCUUUCUGCAUCAGGCUCGCAGCAAAGUACAGCUCAAGCAUCAGGGUCCACAAGCACUGAUGUGGAGAUGAAAGAUGCUGAUGAGACUGCUAAUGAACCAGUCGCUUACAGUCAAAUCACCGAGACUGAGGAUAGUACCAAGGGCCCUACCACCGGUCAGUACAUCCGCGUACUCUGCCGUUUUCUCUCUGGGUUCUUCUCAAACCACGCCAUGUGCGCUGCGUACGUCGAGCUUGAUGGUGUAGAUUCUAUCCUUGACAUUUCAAGUCUCGCUUGCUUAGACCCAAAAGCAAGCGAGUAUCGCAGCAUGUGCGAGCAAUUUGGCCAUGUCGUCCAGGUACUCGUUGAGCAGAAGCCCCAUAUUGCGGUGCCUUCUCUGAUCAAGCGGACACAAGUGGCCUUGGAGCGCCUGCAACCACUCCUGGAUCACACCGGCAAGCAAGCCUUUUUCGCACCUUUCACAAGCACUGGUACUUCCCAGAGUCCAGAGCACAUGCAGCAAGGUACACAAUACGUCAAAGCACUAGUGUCGGCCCAUACCCUCGUCGGAGCCAUGACCUUGACCUUCCAGAGCCAGAUGUACACCACCCGUUCCUCUCACAAUGUCUCCAGUCAAGUCAAUCUUGCGGACAUGUACGCACGUCUCGUGGACAGUCUCGGAAAGCUACACCGAAGCUGUGUUUGGGAAGAGCUUUUGCUCCAGCGCAACAUGCCCACAGAGUGGGAGAAGGAGACGCGGAUCACCAGUUCUGGUUUCGGCAACGAUGAAGCCGACAACGUGUUCCGCCUUGGAAACAGUGCGACCGAACCACCUGCCAACGGAGACGCUGCUGCCUCUGGAUCAGCUUCCGAGACUACGGCUCCAAGCCAGAACAGUGCACAGUUCAAGAACACGCAAACUCUCCGCAAUCUACUUAGUAGGAUACCGAUGGAAGUCGCACCGUUCUUCCAGUCGCUUGGCAAAUUACUCUUGUUCCGCCGCAGUCUUGAGGCUUACCAAAGGCAAUGUGCAACGGUCGUGUCAGACCAGCUUGCCCAGGCAGUCAUUGACCAGCUCGAGUACGAAGGUCCCAAGGAAUCAGAGAUCAUUGAGGAUCGCUAUGCGUACUGGAUCAUCAUUCUUACUUCGCUAUCACAGCUUAUCGUAGAGGUAAACCUCGAUCGAUCGCAAGCGUUGACACUGUUGCUUGUGUCCUUCCGCAACCUCGGUGGAUUCGACGUUCUGGCGAAUAUCCUCAACCAGUUCUACGAAUCGGCGCUUGAGAUCACCCAGAAGCAGGCAGAAGAUACUAGUGAGGAGUCAAAGCGAGUGCUUAACCUCUCUCUCGGAGGUAUCAAGAUCAUUCUGGCCUUCUUUUCCCAGAUCAUCAACUUCAAAGUCAUCUCAGAGUCGCCACAGACGUCAUCGAUGCAAACCCGGCCGGAUCGCGAUCGGGAGCGGGCUGAUCACUUCUUGACUGCUCAGUUCCUCGUUGAAAUACGCUACGCCGUUAUCGUGCCUGUGGAAAAGAUCUGGAAUUCUGAUCUUAUGGAUAAGGCUACUACGUCGUUGGUGAAGACGUCUGUCAACAUACUGAAAUCUGUUCUCGAAUGCGAAGGUGAGCAUGGAGCUUACAAGAGCAUCGACAAGAUUCCAAAGCGUAGCAAGCCCAUAAUCAAGCCUUGGACUGCCCGAAACGGAGACCACUUGCCACGCUUGAAAGACAAGGGAUACGAGGAGAGCCUUGCUGAAGAAGCCUUGUAUCGUUGCUGCGACAACUUCAAUAUGGCGGAGGAGUACUGCAAGAACCAAGUCCGUCCAAGUGCCUCAAGAAAUCCUAUACCACAGUAUGAGAUCCAAGCGCGAGGCCCGCCAUCCGCUUCACCAAGUCGAGCUGAAGUGGUGGUCCCCGAGCACCCAGACGAUGCUAGUAUGACAGGGAGCGAAGUAACGCGGGAUGAAGAUGGUUCUGAACACCCGGAGACACAGUCCGUCCAUAUGGAAGAUGCCGAGGCUUCGACUGCAGAGGCAGAUGCGCCUACGUCUACUACACCUGUACCCGGUGAUCAGUCAAGCCAAACACCUGCUGCGCCCCAGGACGCUCUCGCUUAUCAGAAGCGGAUGGCUAACGGCAAUUCGACCCAGCUCGUUGCCAUAGACCAGCUGGAUGAGCAGCGAGCCAAGCUCCGCCAGAACCUCGUUGAUCGAUGUCUCGACAUGCUCAACUCGCACGACGAUGUCACCUUUGAGCUGGCAGAUCUCAUCAUUGCCGCCGUUUCGAAAGCGCCCGACCCACCCGAGAUGCGUGCCGAGAUCGGUAUGAUGCUUGUGCAGUCUCUCAUGUCGCUGCAGAGCGAAGAUGACUUCCGAACCCAGAGCAAGAAGAUAGCAGCUUCGGCCCAUCUCCUAGCGUUGGUGCUUCAAGAAAAGGAUUUCUACGACGUUAUUGUCGAACAGCUGAAGGAACACUUCACUACCUUGUUGGGCUUCAUCAAAAUCUUCCCAGAUCAGUCUCCGGAGGAUUCGUCACCUUGGAUUGGCCAGGUCUUGCUUAUCGUCGAACGACUACUGGCUGAGGAUCAACUUCCGCAUCAAGUUCAAUGGACUCCGCCGACAGAAGAGUCCCAGGAAGAGACCACAGUCGACGAUCUACCGCAACCUAUCGUCAGUAUGGAGGAGAAGGAUCUGCUUUUCAACGCAAUCAUCGAGAUGUUGCCUCGCAUCGGCAAAGAUGAGUCGCUGGCUUUGUCUGUGACACGAGUGCUAGCCAUGCUUACUCGUACGCGUAAGAUUGCCACGCGUCUUGCGGAGAAGCGCAACAUUCAACGUCUGUUCCUCAUGGUAAAGCAGCUUGCUGGUAUCACUAAUGAGGGCCUCCGAAGCGCUUUCAUGAUUGUGCUUCGUCACAUGAUUGAAGACGACGAGAUGAUUCGACAGAUUAUGCGUACCGAGAUUCAGCAGAUGUUUGAGUCGCGCGACCGAAGGCAGACAGACACUACUGGCUACACUCGCCAAAUGUACGCGCUAGCCAUUCGUGCGCCUGAGAUCUUCGUGGAAGUCACCAACGAGAAGCUUCAACUUAAGGGAUUCGAUCCUAAUCAGCGACCGCAGACUCUUGUUCUCAAGAAGACCGAUCCACCUCCGACUGAGCCAACUGAGCCAACAAGUGUCGUUGAGUCUUCAGAGGUUACUGCUGAGGCCGAUAAACCCAAGGAGUCUAGCGAAGCGCCUAAGCAGCCGUUCCUUGAGCGAACAAAGACUUCAGAUCUCAAGGUGCCUGUAGUUGAGAACCCCGAUGGUGUUAUCCAUUACCUUCUCUGCGAGUUGCUAGCCUACAAGGAGGCUGAAGAUAAGCCUGAACCCGCUAAGCCUACCGAGGAGCUCGCAGAGAAGCCCGCAGAGGGUGCAACUGAAGGACAGGCAAGCAAAGAGUCGAGCUCGGACGCUGCCACUGCGACCCCAGCCGCCGCACCUACAGAGUCUGCUAAGCCCGAGAAGCCUGUGUUCAAGGCUGAAGCACACCCAAUUUACAUCUACCGCUGCUUCAUCUUGAAGUGUCUCGCUGAGCUUCUGCAGAGCUACAACCGCACGAAGAUUGAGUUCAUCAACUUCUCCAGAAAGGCAGACCCUUACACUGUGACACCAUCAAAGCCUCGAUCCGGUGUCCUGAACUACCUUCUCAACAACGUGGUGCCCAUUGGUAGCUUGAGCCAUGAAGGCGACCUCGCUUUCAAGAAGAAGCUGGCGACAUCAAACUGCGCCAUCGACGUCAUCGUUUCACUGUGCAACAAAACGGGAGAGUUCGUUCUGCCGAAAACCGACGUACCAGUGUCGCCAUACACAGAAACUGAGCCAGACCUGCUUUUCGUACGCAAGUUCGUCCUUGAGCAUGCUCUGAAGGCGUUCAAGGAUGCAAACGCUUCGGAUGAACCACUCGACAUGAAGUACUCUCGUCUAUUGAGCAUCGCCGACAUCUUUAGUAGGAUGGUGUCGCAACGUCCCAAUGGAGAGAUGCUUACUCAGAACGCCGAUCUGACACCCAACCUGAAGCAGAUGGCCAAGAUUAUGUACGAGAAGAACUUUGUCACCAUCCUGACAACAGCGAUUUCGGACAUUGAUCUCAACUUCCCAAACGCCAAGCGAGUGGUUAAGUACAUUCUCAAGCCUUUGAAGUGGCUUUGCUACGUAGCCAUGGAUCUGAGCAUGCACUAUGAUACUGGUUCAGCCCCAGACUCCGCCGACGAGUACGAGAUCUCGACAGCAUCUGACGACGAUCUCGUUGACAAUACACGUGAAGAGACGCCUGAUCUGUUCCGCAACUCGACGCUCGGCAUGUUCGAAACUGGUGACUCAGAAUCUGACGAAGAUUCUGAAGACGACGAGGGUGAGGAAAUGAUGUACGACGAUCCUUAUGCGGAUGAUAUGGAGUACGACGAGGCUGAUAUCGGUGACGACGAUGUUGUUUCCGAUGACGAUGAGGAGAUCCUUGGGGAGAUGGGUAUGGACAUUGACGGUAUGGGUCCUAUCGAAGGUCUCCCCGGCGACAUCGAUGUCGAGAUCGAGGUUGACGACGAUGGCAACCAAAUGGGCUCCGAUUCUGACGACAAUUCUGAUGAUGAUUCAGAAGACGAUGAGGAUGACGACGAAGAUGACAUGGAUGACAUGGACGAUGGAGGUGAUGACGAUAUGGACGACAUGGAUGAGGCCAUGGAUGCUAUGGAGGAAGUCACUGGUGAUGACGAAAACGCCAGUCUCGCUGAAGAUCAAGAAGAUGACUGGAGCGAUGACCAGGACGACUUCCCAGGUGGUCCCAACGGCGAGGGCAACAUGGGCCCUGGCGCGCUCGGCUUUGUCCUUGAUCCUCCUCAGCUUCUUGAACAAAUGCGUCAACAAGGUGGAGAUCUCGAAGACUUCUUAGAUGACGAGAUGGCGGAAGAAGAUAUGGACGAGGAAGAAGAGGAGUACGAUGAAGAAAUUCACUACGAUCCUGGAAUGGAGGAUGAAGACGAUGCUAUGCCCGAGAUGGGGUGGGGAGGUAGCUGGGAAGACGCUCAAGCCCCUGCCGUUCGACACACCCACCGCCUCAGCCCAUGGAUGUUCCCCGCAGGGCCGGGUGAUCGCAUCCUUGUACCAGCUUACCGUUCGCAUCGCCCAGGUGCCGGUCCUCGUGUUACUGACGACGGUAUCAACCCCUUGCUUCAGCGAGGUGGUCGCUCUGCUGGACGAGAUGGUCUACCGCGCAACGAAGGCCAGAGCGACUGGGUUCACGCUAUUGAAGGGCGUGGUCCCCGCGUCUUCAGCCAAUCCGAUAGCCCAGUCUCGUUCAUCAGCAAUCUACUGAACGCUAUGAGUUCUACUACCGGCCCGACAAUACACCAGCAUGGAGGCGCAUUGCACCUCUCUUUCGCCAAUCCCAUGGGCAUGCCACCCUUCGACAGCGGGAUGCGACGCGAUAUUGCUCGCAUGCGAGAGUCGUACACAUCACGCACUGCUCGCGAAGACCCACAUUCUGCGGUAUCAUUCGUCAAGGCAUACACCAGCCAGCGCUGGCAGGAAGAAGCCCGGAUCCUAUUCGGUCCUGGCGCGAUAGAGAAGAGCCAGCGCGUGGUCAACUCCAUCCUGAAGGUCAUGGUUCCUCCUGCUAUGGAAGCGGCGAAGAAGCGUCUAGAAGAACGCCAGGCUGAGGUCGCACGCAAACUCAAGGAAGAGCAGGAACAGAAAGAGCAGAAGGAGCGCGAAGAGCGUGAGAAGCGCGAAGCACAAGAGAAGGAGGAUCGUGAGCGACAGGAACGUGAAGCUGCUGAGGCUGCGAGCCGAGCUCAAGAGGAACCCGCAGAAAGCGAGCCAAAGACUGAGGCCGAAACUGCACCUGAAGCGCAAGCCAUGGAGGGCGUUGAGGUCGGAGAGUCCUCGUCAGCGCCCGCCGAAGCCUCCGCUGCGGCUGAGCCCGCGCCUGCGGAACCUGCUGCUCCUCCAGCACCGCGAGUCACAACAACGAUCAGAGGUCAUGAGUAUGACAUUACGGACUUGGGUAUCGACACCGAGUAUCUAGACGCUCUUCCCGAGGAUCUGCGCGAGGAAGUCUUGAUGCAGCAGGUAGCUGAACGUAGAGCCGAACAACGGGCUCAAGCGCGACGACAAGAGCAGCAACAAUCGCAAGCCCCGGCACAAGCACAAGCCCCGGCCGCGCCCGAGGAGGCAGGCCCAGCAGGUGAGGCACCUACAGACAUCAACCCAGACUUCUUGGCUGCUCUUCCUCCAGAGAUCCGAGAUGAGUUGCUUGCACAGGAGGCGCAAGAGCGUCGACGCCGAGAGCGGGAAGAGCGCCGCCGUCGCGACCAAAGCAGUGCUGGCGCCGCCCCUCCACAGGCAGAAGACAUGGAUCCUGCGAGCUUCUUCGCAUCGCUGGACCCCAAUCUGCGAGCUGCUGUACUUAUGGAUACCGAUGAGAGCAUACUGCGCCAACUUCCACCUGACAUGUCUGCGGAAGCUCGAGCAAUGGGAGGUGAUCGCCGGUUACACCAGUUCAACGACUUCGGCUAUAGACGCGAUCGCCGCGCGCAGCCAGACGACCCUUCACAGAAGAAGAAGACGCGUCCUUGCGUUCAAAUGCUUGACAAGGCAGGCGUUGCCACGCUCCUCAGGCUCAUGUUCAUCCCACAACAGGGCAGCGCCAAGGGUAGCUUGAGCUCCAUCCUCCGCUAUGUAUGCGAGAACCGUCAAAACCGUGCCGAGGUCAUUAGCAUCCUGCUCUCCAUUCUUCAAGACGGUAGCGCCGAUGUGAAUGCAGUUGAAAAGAGCUUUGCUCAGUUGUCUAUCCGAGCAAAGCAGCCUCAGCAGCCAGCAGACAAGACUCCGAAGAUCUCCCGCAAGAAUGGUGCUCUAUCGAUCAACGCCGAUGUCUCUCCACUCAUGGUCGUUCAGCAAUGCCUCAACACACUUACUCAGCUGACGGAGAAGAACCCUGCUGUAUGGCAGUUCUUCCUGACCGAGCAUGAGACUGGCGUCGGUUUCAAGAAUCGUGCCAACCGCAAGGGCAAAGCCAAGGAAAGCAAGGCGAACAAGUACCCAGUCAAUGCGCUCCUUACCUUGCUGGACCGUAAGCUUAUCGUUGAGAGCUCUACCAUCAUGGAGCAAUUAACAUCACUGCUCAAGGUCAUCACGGCACCACUUCAAGUCCUCAAGAAGGAGAAGGAGAAGGCUGCUGAAGACGCAAAGAAGGAGGCAGAGGCCUCUGCAGAGGGUCAGACUACUGACAAUGAGCCUGCUGAUACCACAACCACGGAGGCUCGCCCAGAAGGUCAAGAUACGGAAAUGACGACUGCUCUUGAGAAUGCUGCUCAGCCAGAUACCGCUACUGAGGGCGAGGGCAGUACUUCCAAGCCUGACGAGUCAAAGGCAGAAGAGGACAGGAAGAAGCACCGCACACUCACACCACCCGAUGUGCCUGAAGCCAACCUUCGACUCGUCGCUAAGAUUUUGGCUGCUCGGGAGUGCAACAGCAAGGUCUUCCAGGAGACUUUGUCGGUUAUCAGUAACCUCUCGCCCAUCCCAGGUGCCAAAGAGAUCUUCGGUCAAGAAUUACUUGGUAUUGCCAAGGAUCUUGCUAGCUCAACACUUCAGGAUCUUGCGAGCUUGACGGUUCAAGUUUCAAAGGCAAGCUCGCCUACUGACGUCCAAGGCAUCGCUCUUGCCAAGUUCUCUCCAGCAAGCUCCGAUCAAACUAAGCUGCUGAGGGCCUUGACGGCGCUCGACUACCUCUUCGACCCGUCGCGCGAUAGCAAGGACAAGCCUGAGGCCGCUGCAGAGGCACUUGAGCCCGCUCAGAAGGAAGACAUCCUCUUAACCCUAUACGAGGAUUCUGCUUUCGCGCCACUAUGGGAAAAGCUCAGCGAAUGUCUCACCGUCAUCCGCCAGCGCGGCAACAUGCUCAACAUUGCUACCACGCUGCUUCCGCUUAUUGAGAGUCUCAUGGUCGUUUGCAAGAACACCACACUCAAGGACAUGCCUUUGUCCAAGAUGCUUCCCAAGGAGUUCGCUUUGUCUAGCCCACCGCCUGAGAGCAGGAUGGAGAACUUGUUCUUCAACUUCACUGAAGAGCACCGCAAGAUUCUCAACGAUCUUGUACGCCAAAACCCUAAGUUGAUGAGCGGAACUUUCUCUCUCUUGGUGAAGAAUUCCAAGGUGCUGGAGUUCGACAACAAGCGCAACUACUUCAACCGAAAGCUUCAUUCGCGAGGUGGCGACCGACAACAACACCAGCCUCUCCAGCUCUCUGUUCGUCGAGACCAAGUCUUCCUGGACUCUUUCAAGUCGCUGUACUUCAAGUCUGCCGAUGAGAUGAAGUUCGGCAAGCUCAGCAUCCGCUUCCACGGUGAGGAAGGUGUUGACGCUGGUGGUGUUACCCGCGAGUGGUUCCAGUCCAUCUCACGACAGAUGUUCAACGCCGACUACGCUCUCUUUGUACCUGUCGCUUCCGACCGCACGACAUUCCACCCCAAUCGCCUUAGUUCGAUCAACCCUGAGCAUCUGAUGUUCUUCAAAUUCAUUGGUCGCAUCAUCGGCAAAGCACUUUACGAAGGCCGCGUCCUCGACUGCCAUUUCAGCCGAGCGGUCUACAAGCAGAUCAUGGGCAAGCAGGUCAGUCUCAAGGAUAUGGAGACGCUUGACCUUGAGUACUACAAGUCCUUGGAAUGGAUGAUUCACAACGAGAUCACGGAUAUUAUAACGGAAACCUUCUCAGUUGAAGUCGAAGCCUUUGGAGAGAUGCAAACCGUCGACCUCAUCGAAAACGGCCGUAACAUUCCCGUUACCGAAGAUAACAAGCACGAGUACGUCCGCCUCAUCACUGAGCACCGUCUUGUAGGCGCCGUCCAAGAGCAGCUCGAGAACUUCCUCAAGGGCUUCCACGAUAUCGUUCCGGCGGAGCUCGUCUCCAUCUUUAGCGAACAGGAGCUGGAACUUCUCAUUUCCGGUCUGCCUGAUAUCAAUGUGGAUGACUGGAAGAACAACACCGAGUACCACAACUACACAGCUGCCUCGCCACAGAUCCAGUGGUUCUGGCGCGCUGUCCGAACGUUCGAGAAGGAAGAGCAAGCUAAGCUGCUUCAAUUCGUCACCGGUACUAGUAAGGUGCCGCUCAAUGGUUUCAAGGAGCUCGAGGGUAUGAACGGCUUCUCCAAGUUCAAUAUCCACCGCGAUUACGGCAGCAAGGAUCGUCUGCCAUCUAGCCAUACUUGCUUCAACCAACUCGACCUCCCUGAGUACGAGACGUACGAAGAUCUUCGCAAGGCCCUUUACACCGCUAUGACAGCUGGUGGCGAGUACUUUGGCUUCGCCUAA